ACUAAAAUAAAAAUAAAACUAACACAUAAUUUGCAAUAAAAAACGCUAAAUAAUAAUCUUAAUUGUCAGUUUAUAUUUUUAUUAUUUAGACUGUGUAUUAUAUCUUACUAUACUUUAUAUUUUACUUCGUAUAUAAUUUUUUCUAACUGAAAAUAAACAUUUGAUUCUUUAUUAAUUCUGAAAUAUUAAAUUGUAUUGUUUUAUUUAGUAGGUACAUAAUAACCAAGCACGAUUUUGAUCAGAACAAUAGCUAUUCGUCAGAGACUGAACAGGACCUUUCAACGCUAAAAUACUAAAAAGUGAAAUGAAUUCAGGAGUACAACAUGUAACAAAAGUCAGACUCCUUUACAAAACAAUACUACGAUUGCAUCAAGGCCUGCCUGAAGCUUUGCAAACCCUGGGAGACAACUAUGUAAAAGACGAAUUUAAACGACACAAGAAAUGCAAUCCUGUAGAAACUGCACAGUUUAUGAUGGAAUGGACUCAUUAUGCAGUCUCUUUAGCAAACCAAUUAGGAAUGAAUGAGCCCAGACCUGAACUAGACGUGGGAUCAUAUAUUGAUGAAAAAACUCUUGAACAUAUGAGAGAAGACCAAGUUGUGCAGUUAUACGAGCUAUUAAUGGCAACUAAGGGGGCUAAAGAACAAUGAGGUCAUGAGAAGAAAGAAAUCAUUGUAGAUAUCAUAGUUGUUUACUUUGAAACAUAAAUUACAGAAAACUUCUCCAUUAACCUCUAGCAUGGCCUUAGGGAUACUGAAGUAGACACCUCAUCUAUAUGGACCACUGGACCAGCUUUAGCCAUUUUAGCGAAUUUCCCAUAUAAGGAAUAAGCUAUUACCGUGGUACUCAUGGUAAGACCUGGACGCAGGACUGAUUUUUUUUUCGUUUUGAGGUCCCUAGAGGCCAAAAACACCAUCCGUUCAAAUUCAUAUAUAGCCUAUAUAUUUAUAUAUAUGUGUCCGUUAGCACGAUAACUCGAGCAAAAAUUAUCCGAUUUUGAUGAAAUUUGGUAAAAGCAAAUUUAUAAACCUACAUUCAUUCGAACGAGUUCCCGAACCAUCAUGAUCCGACUAUGGGAACGGGGGUUUUAUGGGGCAAAAAUAGGUUUUUCCCAAAAAACAUAAAAUUUAGCAAUUUUUUUCCAAACCAUUUUGUAGAGCUUAAAUAACAAAUAAUUUAGUAUAUUGAAGCAUUAUUGAAGCGCCUAAUGAUUACGGAGAAAAUUCCAAAAAAAUGUAAAUUUAAAAUUCCCAUGUUAUUCUUAUGGAGAACAUGUAAACUGUUGUAGUUUGCUUGUUUAUGAACAUAUUUUGAUCAAAUUUGGAAAAUGUUUUUAUUUCUUACUAACUAUUAACAUUUUACAAAAAAAAAACAGUUUUACCCUCCCUGAAGCAGCAAACCUAAGUACUUGUUAAACUAAUUCUAUUUAAAUAGGAAAUAAAAUGUUAUAUUUUUAAGUAGACAUUUUACUGUAAAUCCAAUCAGGCAAAUGGAAAUUCGCUUAGUCUGCAGGUUUGCUGCGGCGGGGGUAUUUUGUAUUAAAAAAAAACAUAUGUGAAUACAGUGGCGUAACUAGAAUAUGGCUUUGAGGGGGGGGGGUGUAUGAGCUCGGAAAAUUUGUAACAAAGAGAAUUCUAAACUUGCAUUUCCAGGCAUUCCAGAGGUGUAAUCAUGUUCAAAAGAACUCCAAAAAUCAACCCAAUUGAGGCUGUCUCCUGCCGGUCAGAUUCAGGAAAUAUUAUCUCUUGAUUAAGAAGUACCACUAUCGGUAAAUACUCAUGUGAUUCGCAACUUAUUGCAGUUUCUCCAAGUUUUAGAUUUGGGUGAAAUACCUUCCUGACGACUCUGACAUUUCAGAAUACACAUUUAACAACAUUGAUUUUUUUAGAAACUUUGCCAGCACUAGUAACUAACAUCUAAAAGCUGUCUGGCGUCUGCUUAGGACUUACAGUGCAUGCUUGCAGUGUUACCACUACCACUCUCCAAAUUUACUCCCGCUACCUGGGUGUAUUAAUUAAAUAAACCUUUUAAAAUUAGUUUAAUAUACAAAUGAACUACCUAAUAAUUUUAACGAAUUAGAUUGAUAAAACCAAAUCAAAACUAAAUCAUCAGUUUCAGUUUAUAGACUUCACUCAACUUGAGCAACUGUAUUUUAAAGAAGUAGGAUUGCUGUGAUACAAAUAUUUAUUUUCAUUUAAGGGUUCUGGGGGGGGUUCUAUCCCCCUCAUCCCCCCAUAGUUACGCCACUGUGUGAACAAGCCAAUCAUACAGUGAACUGCAGUCUAAAAUUAUACCUCAGGUUUUUUUUGUAUCUAUGAUAGUGUAUACAUAAAUAAUGCUAUGGAUAUAAAAAGUUGUCCUUUUUGUUUGCCUUUGUCAAAAGUUGAUGUAUUCAACAGAAAUCAAUAGUUUAAGAACAUCAAACACUGUCAUUGGCUCAACUAGGUUCAUUUUUUUCUAAAAUUUGGCUACAUUAUUAACAUGGAACUAUUAGCCUAUGUCUACCUCUAUCAAUAGUCAAAACUACUACAGUGAAAAGCAAAUAGGUAAGGUAUGUUUCAAAUGCACUAGGAAUAGUGUUUUAAUAAAUAGAGAUCUCUUUACUAAAAACAUGUUAAUGGUCUCUAACAGAUCUUGUUAAUGGUCAUCAAUUGGUCAUGAUGAUGACCGGUGUGACUGGUUGAAAGGCCUAGCAUGCAACAUCUGACUGAUGUAAGUUUAUGUAUAUGUAUUUGCCGUCAUGUAAAUAAUUACUUUAUUACUGUAAAUAUGUCGAGUAGUAUUGGAAAAAAGCAAAUCUCUUGUCUGUGUUUUGCGUAGCAGAACCUAGUUAACUUGUUCAUGUUAUGUAAAAAAAUAUAUAUUCCUACAUUAGUACUAGGUACAUUUUUAGUUUGAAAAUAUUUAAUUAUUUUAACUUAUUUAAUCGAAAACUACCAUUUAUCACUGUUAUAAUACAUGGGCCUCCAUCAAUAUGGGGUUGGGGCUUUGAGCCUACCAUAUAAAGACCCCAUGUUCAAAUUGUGCAGUAAAAACAUAAAAUUCAAAUAAUUUCAUUAUUACCAACUUGAACAAGCCAUGCUAUUCAUGUGAUGUUAUUGCCUUCAUGUUAAAAUACAUCCACCCCAAAUCUGGCCAAUGUUACCAAAAUACCACUGUUGUCAACAGUUUUACCAUCACUACACAGCUAACAUGAUAGAAAAUUGUGAUGUUGAAAUAUAAAAGGAAUUAUAUUAAUCGGAGAAAAACUAGCAAAGUUGAAAUAUUAAGAUUUUUAAUACUACAAUAAAUGUAGCCCUUCUAUUUUGCUUUAGUAGCCUAAUGACAUUUUAUGAAAAUCGAUUGUUUUAAGCUAUUGCCAACAAAACAUUGACAGUUUGCUGAAUAUUUUGUAUACAAGAAAGUGAUAUGUAACUCUUUGUUGAUAAUAUAUGUUUCUUCUGUACAGCUCAAGGAAAAGAUUUAAAUUUAAGCUUAGCCUAAUCUAGUUUAAUUUAAUCACAAAUUAUCUUUUAUUAUACAUAUAAUUUGGUUACAAUCAUUUUACAUUUUUUUUUUAAUUCCUUCUAUAAUAUGAAAAAAAACUCAGAAACUGUGACAAAUUAAUCUGUUAUGAAUGUUCCCACAUAGUUCUAUCUAAUAAGGUAUAGUAUUAAUCCUGGUUUAACAUUACACAGGCUAUAAUGUGUAGCAUUUUGUAAUUAUUGUAUAUUAUAUGAUUAAUAAAUUUUAUUUUGAAUAAAUUAU